AUGACUUAUAAAGAGCAAGGAUUGGAAUCUGCUGAAUGGUAUCAUGGAUUGUUACCACGUAAAGAUAUAAACAUUCUGCUCUCUAAACAUGGUCAAUUUUUGGUUCGUGAAACGGAAAUCAACAAGGGAGAAAGGCAUCAGUUUGUGUUAUCGGUGAAAUGGAAUGAUAAGGCAAUGCAUUUCAUUAUUCGUCAAGCUGAUGGAAAAGUUUUUAUUGAAAAACGUCAAUUUUCUUCUAUCUGUGAGCUGAUAAGAUAUCAUUUGAUCACCAAAGAUCCAAUAACUGAUCAAAGCGGUGCUAUACUUUUAAAUGCUGUUCUACGACAGAGUUGGGAAAUCAGACAUGAACAGAUAGAAUUUAAAGAAUUAUUAGGAGAGGGUGCAAUAUUCGUCGUUUACAAAGGCAAAUUUAAGGAUGAUGGAAAGGAAAAAGAGGUUGCGGUUAAAGUACAUAAGGGGCAUAGUUCAGAUCGGAAGACCGUGGAACAAAUUUGCCGAGAAGCACGUAUAAUGCGUAGAUUGGAGCAUCCAAACGUUGUUCGUCUUUAUGGUAUCGCAAUCAAUAAGCUUGGAUUGAUUGACUGCUUUGAGUCGAUCUGGACUGUUUGGAUUGAUUUAGAUUUGGUUCGUGGCACUAGAAGACUGUGUUAUGUCUAUCUGGGCUUGUAUUGGUUCAGAUUGAUUGAAGUUCCCGAAUGUAUUGGGAAUUAUUUGGUUUGGGAACCAAUAAUGUUACUAAUGGAAUUAUUAAAAGAUGGAAGUUUGGAUGUUUUCCUGGCAACAAAAGGUUCAACAUUAAGUAUGCGGGAAAAGUUAUACUUUUGUCUGGAUAUUGCAUCGGGAUUGGAAUUCCUUCAUGGUAAUGGAAUUAUUCAUCGAGACAUUUCAUCAAGAUGGCUAGCACCAGAAACGAUAAAAAGUGCAAUAUAUACAACAAAAUCAGACGUGUUCAGUUAUGGGAUAUUGCUCUGGGAAGUGUUUACAAAUGGUGCGGAACCGUAUUGCGGAAUGACGGUCGCUGAAGUUGUUGUUAAUGUGAAAGAAGGAUAUCGAAUACCAUCGCCCGAUACAAUGCCUAAACGGUUGCAAGCUUUGCAACGAAAUUGCUUCGCAACAGAAGCCUCAGAGCGAUGGUCGAUGGCACAAAUUCGAAAGGAAAUUGAAAUGAUUUGUUUACAAUUCCAAGAUUAA